GCUUUGGAAGAGGAAGGGCUUGAUCCAGAAACCCACGAGUUCGAGGUUCCUGCUGAAUCUUCUACAACAAAGAAAAUGAGUAACGAGGAUACUGAAUUAGGAAAUGAGAAAAGUGAUGUAGAAAAGGCACCUGAAGUUGAACCUGACCUGAAACAGUGGAUGAAGCUGAAGAAGCGGAAGGUGAAAAGGAGGGCAGUUCUGAAGCAAUGGACGCUGAUGCUCUACAGCUGUCAAUUGAAGAUGAAGAGAAACUGCUAAAUGAAGAGGAGGAGAACUUUGACAAAUCAAAAGAUGAAGCCUCCCAACAGGAAGACGACGGCAGCAGCUCUGCAGCGGCUGCCCCACCGGCCGAGCCGGCCAGCACCACUGCCGGCGCUACCAAGAAGAAAGGCGCCAAGGCAACCCCUGCGAAGGAGCAGGACAAGGCCUCAACCGUCAACGACUCUUCCCCAAAGGAGGAGGGCCAAGAAGGAGGGCAAGGGGGAGAUAGCGGCACAGAGAAGCACAAGAAAGAUGAUGAUGCCACCACGCCACCGACUGCCAACGGCACUGCAACCACACAGUCGUCAGCUACCAGCAACAGCGGCACCACCCCUGCUAAGGCUGCUACUGCAAAGAGUGCUGUGGGGAAGGCCACCUCAAAGACUGCGAAAACGGCCAAAGGAGAUGCGAAGAAGGUGGUUGCACCUGCCUCGAGUGGGCGAAAUCUCUGGGUGAGCAACUUGUCAUCGACGACACGAGCGGCUGAUCUUAAGGCACUCUUCAGCAAACACGGCAAGGUGGUGGCAGCCAAAAUUGUUACAAAUGCAAGGACACCGGGUGCCCGUUGCUAUGGCUUCAUCACUAUGGGCACUGUGGAAGAAGCAACCAAAUGCGUCCAAAACUUGAACAGCACGGAGCUUCAUAACAAGACCAUUUCUGUGGAGAAGACCAAGUAUGAGCCUGGUGGUGCACUGAAGAGGUCGGAAGCCAAGAACAACCAGGCCAAGGCACGUGCUGCUGCUGCCUCUGCUCGCAAAGACGGCAAGUCUGCUGAAACGUCGGCCUGCAGAAGGAAGCUCAGCAAGUCAGACAAAGGCUAAGGCUCCCGCGAAAAAGACAGUGGUCACAAAGAAAGUUGUCAAGCCUAAAGCAGCAGCUGACAAAGCUAAAGCUUCUAGUACAAAGGACUCGGAUGCCAAAAGCGGAGAUGAAAAGGAUGAUGUCAUGGUGAUUGAUGACAAUGAAGG